AGACUGCGAAGUGUGAAGAUGGAGCAAAGGAAGCUGAAUGAUCAAGCAAACACACUGGUGGACUUAGCAAAGACACAGAAUGUGAUGUACGACCUGGUCUCAGAGCUGCAGGAGCGCAGUGAGGAGCUGGAAAAACGGAUCGGUCACCUAGAGGCAAAACUGGACUCCAUAAACAGCAGUCUGCAGGCUCUGCCUGGCCUGCUCUCACAAGCCAUACAGCAGCAACAGCACCACCUGCUGGACGGGCUGACCCAGCGCGGAUUCACUUUCACGCGCCCCUCCUCGCAGACCUCUGACCGCUCCUGGGCGUCAUCCGUGCACCGGCGGAGAUCACCCUCUACCGCACCACACACUUCCUCCGAUAGCGGCUAGCACGCUCUCACACACUCAAAACCAUACUCUAAACCUA